AUGAACGACCGCGUCGAGCCCACUGAGCCCGUCGCCAAUGGCGUCGACAAACCCAACGGCAUCCAUUCUUCGGGCCCCCCCGUCAACACUCUUGCCGACCACGAAAAUCAACCUGAAAGCAACGCACGAAAUGAACCUUUCAAGCCUAUCGUCGUGACUGAGGCCCUCAAAGACGCGUCGUUCAUUUCCGAAGUCGACCUAACGCAAGAUUCUACACAUAAAAUGUCACCCGACGUUCCAACCCUUCCUCUGGUUGUUUCUUCGGAAGGGGAUGACAUUAAACACGCACAGGCCGAAAACACACCUGCCGUCAAUGGAUCUGACGCUAACGGGGAUGUUGUCAUGGGAGAAAAUGAUGAACACACACCAGCCACAACGCCAGGCGUGUCGACGAGCGGAACGUUGGAAUCAGUCGGAUCAUCGACUUCUCAUACAACUCCAAAUGAUGGACCGGAUGAGGAAGAGGAUAAACCACCACCAGCUAAGAGAGUGAGGGUGUACUCUGAUGCUGACAAGGCUUCGCUGGCACAUUCCGCAAGUCCUCCUCCUCAAUCAACCACCACGUCCAACGUCACAACGCCCGUACCGCUGGGCAUGGAUAAUGCCACUCCUCCCACUACUGCGGACACAACAGAGUUUUCUAUUGACUUGCCGGUGGAGUCUCCCACAACCUCGACUGCAGCCACCGGAGCAUCUACGUUAAGCGUCGGACAGUAUCGUUUUUGCCAAUCCACGAUUCGUACUUUGAAGAAGAUGAAAGAUGCCGGACCAUUCUUACGCCCUGUUGAUCCAGUCCUGCUUAACAUCCCUCACUAUCCCUCUAUCAUCAAAAAUCCUAUGGACUUUUCCACCGCAGAACGGAAGUUGACUGCCUCUAAUCCGGUGAAGCCGGAUCCGAACCCCGCCAAUCCUCGAUACUAUAAUGCAGACGAUUUCAUCACAGAUAUCAGGUUGAUUUUCAGCAAUUGUGUGGCAUUCAAUGGACCUGAUCACGUUGUGACUGCAAUGGGGAAGCGAGUUGAAGAGGUGUUUGAUAAGCAAAUAAAAAAUCUUCCCCCCGCUGAGAUUCCGAAACCUCCAGUCGCGAAGAAACAGUCAACUCCACCUCGUGUCGUUGCUGCUCCCCCUCCUCCCCCUCCUGCGAAAAAGGUUCAAAACCGUAGACCUUCUACAUCUGUUCCCGUUAUUCGUCGCUCCGAUGCUCAGGCCGAUACUGCUGGCCGUCCAAAACGCGAAAUUCAUCCCCCUCCACCCAAAGACUUGGCAUAUGCUGAUCCUCCAAAGAAAGCUCGCAAGUCCAAACCACCCAAGGAUGACGGGACUGCCGAUCAACUGAAAUAUUGCAUCAAGAUCCUGGACACGCUUCAUAAAAAGCAACAUGCUUCCAUAGCAGCGCCUUUUUAUGAACCAGUUGACUGGGUCAAGUUGGAAAUACCCAGCUACCCGAAGGUCAUCAAGAAACCUAUGGACAUGAACACGAUGAGGAAGAAACUUGAGCAACACGAAUAUUCGAACGCGCAGAAGUUUUACAACGAUUUUAAAUUGAUGAUAAGAAAUUGUUUUGACUUCAAUCCAGCGGGAACCCCAGUCAACCAGGCUGGACAGGAGUUGCAACGAUUAUUCGAUGAGAAAUGGAAAGGUCUACCACCUCUUCCUACUCAUGCAGCAAGCGAAGAUGAGGAAGAGGAAGAGGAAGAAACUAGUCAAGACGAACGUGAUCGUGCCAUUGCGAUGAUGGAACAACAAAUCGAGACGAUCAACCGAAAUAUAUCAGCACUGAAGGGAAAAACGAAGGAGAAGAAGAAGGAGAAGAAGAAGGAGAAACCUCCCAUAGCCUCGACAUCAAAAGCUGCGCCUAAACCUCCGAAAGCCUCGUCCUCGAAGAAGAAAGCGAAGAAAGCGAUUGCCGAUGACGACGUUCUGUCCUUCGAGCAGAAGAAGGAUUUAAGUGAAGCCAUAGCGACGCUUGAAGGUACCAAACUCGAAAAGGUGAUUCAAAUUAUUCACGAAGGUGUCCCUGAGAUUAGAGACAGUACCGAGGAGAUCGAACUAGAGAUAGACACACUCCCCGCCCCCGUCCUCACGAAGCUAUACAAUUUUGUGAUUCGGCCUAUGAAACCACCACCACCAAAACGCAAUCGUCCUGGUAAAGGGACAGGGACCGGUGGACUGAAACGCAAGAGUAUGGAUGAAGAUGUGGAGGCUGCGAAAAUACGGCAGCUCGAAGAGCGGAUGGCGCUUUUCGAGCAGAGUGCUGGUGGCGGUACGACGUCGGUUGCACCACACCGUGACAGUGACCAGUCUUCAGACUCAAGUUCCGGCUCUGACACUUCGGGCAGCGAUUCGGAGUGA